CAUUUGUCUGAAACCAAAAUCCAAAAGGGUACCAAUAAUUUCUUUAAAAAUUCUCUCUUUUUCUCUGUUUAGUAUCAAGAAAUGGUUUCAAGAUCGUAUUCGAAUCUGUUGGAGUUAGCUUCAGGAGACUCACCAACGUUUGGACGCAUGAACCGACAAAUCCCACGAAUCAUGGCCGUUGCUGGAAUCAUGUCAAACAUUGAUAAUGACUCUAAAGAAACUGAUCUGUCUCCUAAAGAUCGUAUCAUCAUUGUAGCUAAUGAAUUACCAAUCCGAGCUCAGAGAAGGUUAGAGGGUAGUGGUAGUACUAGUACUUGUUGUAGCAAAGGUUGGAACUUUUCUUGGGAUGAGAAUUCACUUCUUCUUCAAUUGAAAGAUGGGUUAGGAGAUGAAGCUAUUGAAGUUAUCUAUGUUGGUUGUUUGAAAGAAGAGAUUCCUCUUAAUGAGCAAGAAGAAGUGUAUCAGGUUCUUCUUGAGAGUUUCAAGUGUGUGCCUACGUUUUUGCCUUUGGAUUUGUAUACUAGAUACUACCAUGGAUUCUGUAAGCAACAGCUUUGGCCUUUGUUUCAUUACAUGUUGCCACUUUCUCCUGAUCUUGGAGGUAGGUUUGAUAGGGCUUUGUGGCAAGCUUAUGUCUCUGUGAACAAGAUUUUUGCUGAUAGGAUUAUGGAGGUGAUUAAUCCUGAGGAUGAUUUUGUGUGGAUACAUGAUUAUCAUUUGAUGGUUUUGCCUACUUUCUUGAGGAAGAGGUUUAAUAGAGUCAAGCUUGGUUUCUUCCUUCAUAGUCCUUUUCCAUCGUCUGAGAUUUACAAAACUCUGCCUAUUCGUGAGGAGCUUCUUCGGGCUUUGCUAAACUCGGAUUUGAUAGGGUUCCAUACUUUUGACUACGCGAGGCAUUUCUUGUCUUGUUGUAGUCGAAUGCUCGGUCUUACUUAUGAAUCUAAGAGAGGAUACAUUGGACUUGAGUAUUAUGGUAGAACCGUGAGUAUCAAAAUACUACCUGUGGGAAUUCAUAUGGGUCAGCUUCAGUCCGUUCUGAGCUUACCCGAGACUGAAAGGAAAGUCGGGGAGCUCAUUGAGCGGUAUGGUCGAAAGGGCAGGACAAUGCUUCUUGGUGUGGAUGACAUGGACAUUUUUAAAGGGAUAACCUUGAAGCUUUUGGCUAUGGAGCAGCUGCUUAUGCAACAUCCUGAAUGGCAAGGGAAGGUUGUGUUGGUGCAGAUAGCUAAUCCGGCGAGAGGGAAAGGGAAAGAUGUUAAAGAGAUGCAAGCUGAGACGUAUUCAACUGUUAAGCGGAUUAAUGAGACGUUUGGGAGACCUGGGUACGAUCCUAUAGUGUUGAUCGAUGCACCGUUGAAGUUUUAUGAAAGGGUUGCUUAUUAUGUAGUUGCUGAGUGUUGUUUGGUGACAGCGGUUAGGGAUGGAAUGAAUCUUAUACCUUACGAAUACAUAGUUUCCCGUCAAGGAAAUGAGAAGCUGGACAAAAUUUUAAAGCUGGAACCAAAUAAUCAUAACAAGAAAAGCAUGCUGGUGGUUUCUGAGUUUAUUGGUUGCUCUCCAUCGCUAAGCGGAGCCAUUCGUGUUAAUCCCUGGAAUGUUGAUGCAGUAGCUGAGGCAAUGGAUAGUGCCCUUGAAGUGGCUGAACCGGAGAAGCAGCUAAGACAUGAGAAGCAUUACAAGUAUGUGAGUACACAUGAUGUUGGCUAUUGGGCUCGUAGCUUCCUCCAAGAUCUUGAGAGGAGUUGUGGUGAGCAUGGACGGAGGAGGUGUUGGGGAAUUGGGUUUGGUCUCAGUUUCAGAGUUGUGGCACUAGACCAGAGUUUCAGGAAGCUGUCAAUGGAACACAUAGUAUCAGCUUAUAAGAGGACAAAGACACGGGCUAUUCUUUUGGACUACGAUGAUACUUUAAUGCCACAGGGAUCUAUCGAUAAAAGACCUUCGUCAAAGUCAAUCGACAUAUUGAACACCUUGUGUAGGGACAAGGGCAAUCUGGUGUUCAUUGUUAGCGCAAAAAGCCGAGAAACUCUAUCGGACUGGUUUAGUCCUUGUGAGAAGCUUGGAAUUGCUGCGGAACAUGGCUAUUUUCUGAGGCUAAGGAAGGCAGUAGAAUGGGAAAACUGUGUGGCAGCAGCAGAUUGUUCUUGGAAGCAAAUUGCAGAGCCUGUGAUGGAACUCUACACUGAGACAACCGACGGAUCAACAAUUGAAGACAAGGAGACUGCUCUUGUUUGGAGUUAUGAGGAUGCUGACCCUGAUUUUGGCUCAUGUCAAGCUAAGGAACUUCUAGAUCAUCUUGAAAGUGUCCUUGCCAAUGAACCUGUAACAGUCAAGCGAGGACAGAACUACGUUGAGGUCAAGCCGCAGGGCGUUAGCAAGGGACUUAUAGCGAGAAGGAUGCUUUCGAUGAUGCAAGAAAGAGGAACACUUCCCGAGUUUGUUCUAUGUAUUGGAGAUGACCGGUCUGAUGAAGACAUGUUUGAGGUGAUAUGCAGUUCCACUGAAGGCCCUUCGAUUGCCCCAAGAGCUGAGAUUUUCGCUUGUACUGUCGGUCAAAAGCCUAGCAAGGCCAAGUAUUACCUGGAUGACACUACUGAGAUUGUCAGGUUAAUGCAUGGUUUAGCUUCUGUUACAGACCAGAUCACUCCUGUUUAAAAAGUCACGGAGAAGUAUCAGAGACUAGAAAUCUCUCAAGUUUGUAUAUUUUACCACGGAAAAUUGUAACAAAGAGAGAUACUGAGU